GUAUCGAGCAGGAGCCAUUAAUGGAAAGUUCCAGUAAAGCGAAACCAAGAAUUCCAGCCUGCGUGUAUAUUUUCACUUUCUUCGCUGCCAUUGGAGGCUUUGAGAUGGGAUACAACUUCUCGGUCGUUUCUGGAGCAAUGAUCCUUGUAAAAGAAGAGUUUCAUUUGUCGACAUUUUGGCAAGAGCUCAUCGUGAGCGUAGCAAUUGGUACAGCCAUAGUGGGAGCACUUCUGGGAGGUUUUGUGAAUCAACGAUGUGGGCGAAAACCCAUGCUGUUAGCUUGUGCGAUGGUGCUAACGGUAGGAGCCGUGGUGGAGGCAAUUGCUACAUCGAGAAAUGUUUUACUCAUUGGUCGGCUCAUUGUCGGUUUUGGAAUAGGGGGAGUAUCAGUCACAGUCCCUGUAUAUAUUGCUGAAACAGCUCCGUCAGACAUAAGAGGUGGUCUUGUCACUGCCAACAAUAUUUUUAUCACUGGGGGCCAGUUUAUUGCUGCUGUGGUUGAUGGUAUUUUCAGCCCUUACAAAAGAACAGGAUGGAGAUUUAUGCUUGGUUUAGCAGCAAUACCAUCCAUUGUUAUGUUCUUUGGAUGUCUUGUGCUGCCAGAAAGUCCCUCCUGGCUUCUUAGCAAAGGGUUCUCUCAGGAGGCUAAGAAAGUUCUGGUCAAACUGAGAGGCACAGACGAUGUGAACGAUGAGCUUUUAGCGAUACAAACUAUAUGUAAAGAAGAUGAAUCACUUCACAAAACUAAAUCAUUUUCCUUUAGUCAAAGCACAACAUUUCAGAUGGUGGCAACCAAAAGUACAAGGAGAGCUCUCCUGGUGGGCUGUAUGUUGCAGGUGAUACAACAAUUUUCGGGGAUCGAUAGUGUUAUGUACUACAAUGCAACGAUUAUACAGAUGUCUGGUAUACAGGGAGACCAGUUGGCCAUCUGGUUGGCUGCGGUGGUCGCAUUCGGUAAUUUCGCUUCCACCAUAAUUGGAGUGUUUCUUGUAGAGAAGGUGGGACGUCGUAAACUACUACUCGGGAGUCUUGCGGGGGUCAGUCUGAGCUUGUUUCUACUGGGAGGGGCAUUUCACAUGGCGAAGCAACACGAUGCUGCGAUCACAUUUCACGAGAAAACGCCGUCCGAGGUAAACAGCAGCAAGUGUUCCGCGACUGGGUACUGCCUAGAUUGUCUCACAGAAAACUGUGGAUUUUGUUUUGCUAAAGACUCUGCCAACAAUCCUAUAAAUGGUUCUUGUGUUCCAAUCAAUGUAUCUUCUAGUGAUAACACGGCUGCAUUUGGUAGAUGCAGUCGCAAGGAUCAUUCAGUAACAUGGUCGUACCAAGCUUGUCCAUAUAAGUAUGCCUGGUUAGCAAUUGUAGCUCUUGUUUUAUAUAUAUCUGCGUUCGCUCCGGGGAUAGGUUCAAUGCCAUGGACGAUAAAUUCCGAGAUCUACCCCCUGUGGGCCCGUAGCACAGGAAAUGCGUUUGCUACAGCAACGUACUGGACAUGUAACUUGGUGAUUUCCAUGACUUUUCUCCCUCUGACUGAGUGGAUUACGCGUUACGGUGCAUUCUGGCUGUACGGGGGAAUUUCAGUUUUUGGCUGGUUGUUUUUCUUUGUUUAUCUUCCUGAAACGAAAAAGAAAUCGUUAGAGGAACUGCAGCAUUUAUUUUCAUAGUAUACUAUAACAGUUUUGAAUUUUGAUAAUUUAAUUUUUUGGUGGAACCUUAAAAUGGUCUAUGUGACGGAACGAUUCCUUAUACUGUACCUUAAAUAUUGUGGGAAACGUUAAAGAAGACUUCUCAACUUGACGACAAAUUUUGUUCUGCCUGUUUGUGCAGCUCUUGAUGGUUGAACACAUUCUCCUUGUCAUCACCUUAGGAAAUGUAUAGGAAACAGUGCAGAGAAUAUGCAUAUUGAUGUUAGGGAGUAAAGGGUUUACAGUUUGGGCGUUUUCAAGUUUUUAUUAGUAAUGCAGCUAUUGCUCGAUAUCAAGUUUUAUUAUGUAACCUUUGGAAUCGAUGUGAAUAAUAACCUACAUGUAGCUGUACCCUCCCCCCCCAGGUGAUACGGAGUGGAGGGCGGAGAGGGUACGGCUACACGUAGGCUAUGUGAUUAGCCUCACUACGUUUUUAUUAUUCAGUUGCGCCAUCUUAUUCUAUGGCUAUCUUAAUUUUGUAAAGGCUAUCGUUGUUUCAAUUGCUACCCUUGCGGGAGCAAGAUCAAAGUAAGCCUGCUCACUAUCUUUUAGUAAUCAUGUUGUUACGUUUACAAGAUCUAUGUUCCAUAAGUACCCUUGAUUUAUGUGUUGUACCCUAGCUACUAUUAGUUUACAUAAGCCUUUUUUUAUCGUUUUUCCUUUUAGUUCAAACCAUACAACCACAACUACAACUUGGCAACAAUCACAAGUACAUCCGAUUUCUACUUUUCAUUCUGUUUCUCAUUAGCAUUUUUCCAAUAAGCAUUCUGAUUGUUUUUACGUGGUUUUUCUGGAAU